GGGGAGCUGGAGAAACUAAAUCAGUCUACAGAUGAUAUCAAUCGCAGAGAGACAGAACUGGAGGAUGCACGCCAGAAGUUUCGCUCAGUGCUGGUUGAAGCAACAUUAAAACUGGAUGAGCUGUUAAAGAAGAUUGGAAAGGCUGUAGAAGACUCCAAACCGUACUGGGAAGCUCGGCGGGUGGCCAGACAGGCACAGCUGGAAGCUCAGAGAGCCACGCAGGACUUCCAGCGGGCUACGGAGGUGCUGCGUGCGGCCAAGGAGACCAUUUCGCUUGCUGAGCAGAGGCUCCUGGAGGACGACAAGCGCCAGUUCGACUCUGCCUGGCAGGAGAUGCUCAACCACGCUACUCAGAGGGUCAUGGAGGCAGAGCAAACAAAAACAAGGAGCGAGUUGGUUCACAAGGAGACUGCUGCCAAAUACAACGCUGCCAUAGGACGGAUGAAACAACUGGAGAAGAAGCUGAAAAGAGCCAUCAACAAAUCAAAGUAGGUCUUGUAUUUGGAGA